AACACCGACGACCAUCGCCGCCAAUGCUGCGUUUAGAGGAACAUAGCAGCUGCGAGCCCAACGGACAAGUCCCCGGUAACAAACAACACAACAAACUCCACGAAAUCGCGAGGAGCACGAAAGGUGGAAGAAUGGAGCUGUCCAACCAUGGUCUUAUCCUCCUGCAGCAGCUCAACGCUCAGAGGGAGUUCGGUUUCCUGUGUGACUGCACAGUGGCCAUCGGGGACGUCUUUUUUAAAGCGCACAAGGCUGUCCUCGCGGCCUUCUCCAACUACUUCAGAAUGCUGUUCAUACACCAAGACAGCGACUGCGUGCGGCUGAAACCGGCGGACAUCCAGCCGGACAUCUUCAGCUACCUCCUGAACCUGAUGUACACGGGCAAGCUGGCGCCUCAGCUCAUCGACCCGCUGCGCCUGGAGCAGGGCGUGAAGUUCCUGCACGCCUACCCCCUCCUGCAGGAGGCCAGCCUUGCCACGCAGGCCUCCUUCUCCCACCCGGAGCAGAGCCUGCCGCUGUCCACCUCCCUCUACGGCAUCCAGAUCUCCGACCAGCAGGGCGCCACGAACAACACCACCACCACCACCACCACCACCACCAUGGCGGCCAUGAGCAGGCUGUCUGGCCGCCGGCAGCUCUCCUCGCCCUUCGACGCCCAGAACCUGUCGGACGUCAAGUUCGGGCUGGGCUCCUACACCGCCGCGACGUCCUCGACGGGGUCGGCGUCCGAGCCCAGGAUGGCGCAGUCGCUCUGCGAGGCCGAGCCCUCGACCAGCGGGUUCCCGCUCGCCGGGGAGGAGCCGGGCCCCGGCCCCGGGCUGGACGCCCCGGGCGGGGAGGACCCCCCGGCCGCCACCACCAUCCUCCACGUCAAGCCCAGCAUCAUGAAGCGGAACUCGUCCUUCCGCAAGCACUACUCCUGCCACCUCUGCGGCAGCCGCUUCGCCCAGCGCAGCGCCCUGCGGGAGCACCUGCUCCUCCACGCCCAGGCGCUGGUGGAGACGCCCAUGGAGACGGGGCCGGAGCAGACGGCGGCCCUCGACAUGGUGCGCGUGGCGGACGAGGCGCCGCGGAUCGUGGGCGUGAUGGACGGCGCCAGCGACGGCGAGCAGCACGCCGCCACCGACUCCCCGCGGCCGGACGGCGCCCAGUCGCAGGCCGAGACGCCGCCGCCGUCCGACAUCGCCGACAUCGACAACCUGGAGAGCGCCGACCUGGAGCGCGAGGUCAAGCGCCGCAAGUACGAGUGCUCGACCUGCGGCCGCAAGUUCAUCCAGAAGAGCCACUGGCGCGAGCACAUGUACAUCCACACCGGCAAGCCCUUCAAGUGCAGCGCCUGCGGCAAGAGCUUCUGCCGCGCCAACCAGGCGGCGCGGCACGUCUGCCUCAACCAGAGCGCCGAGUCCUACACCAUGGUGGACAAGCAGAGCAUGGAGCUGUGCUCCAACGAGGACAGCUCGCAGAUGGAGGCGCUCUUCCUGGCCUCCGGGCGGCCCUACAAGUGCAACGUCUGCGAGAUGACCUUCUCCAGCCCCAACGAGGUCAUCAAGCACCUGUGCUUCGCGCAGAACGCGCUGUCCUUCCCCGGACUGGACGGCCAGGCCGCGCUGGCCGGCGACGGGGCGCCCAAAGACGAGGGGUCGGACUCCUCCAACGCCGGGCCCUUGGUAACGUCCAUUAAAACUGAGGAGAUCUUAGUCGAAUAGUGAACCGCCAACUUGUGUACUUUUUUUUUUUUUUUUUUUUUGUACUUUUUAAAUUAUGGUCAGUAGAUUAUGCUAAAGGUUUAGUUUUUAAUUUUCCUAUUAGGAGAACACUUUUUUUUUUUAAAUUUUCUGUCUUCACACUUCUUUAAUUUGCCCUCAGGAACUGGAAUUGUGGUUUUAGUGCAAGGCUCACAUGAACUGAACUCUUCCUCGUUGGCAAAAAAAAACGUCCCCUGUCACCAUUUCAUGACCAGUCAAAUAUCAGUGUGUGUGAAGGUUUAACUCGCAUCUUAUUGCUUGUCUUGUAAUAUCAGAAUCUCCCACAUUUUUGACCGAUGGGUCUGGGUGACCAGGCAAUGCUGAAUAUUGUAGAGAGAGCAUGGUUGACUGCUAAUAGCAUAUUUAAUGGUGGAGUGUGUAAUUAAGUACACGGAAUAAGUCUUCAUCCUAUAUUGUAUGGAAUAGCUCCAGUUGUCAGCCCACAUGCUUACGUGUGGCCUAUGUUUAAUACAGCAGACUUGUUUACUUUCUAUAUCAGGGUUUACACACACAUACAUACACACACACACACACACACACACACAUUUUCCCACCAUUUGUUGUGUUGAAUAGCACAUGUAGAAGAAGUUUUCAUUCAUUUGUUUCUAAGAUGGCAGUUGCUGCUUUGGCAUUGGUGCAGCUAACUAAUAGUAACUUAUCGUACAACAACAGGGAAUGGAGGUCUCCGUGUGUAAGGUGGCGUGAGUCUUAAAACGUUUAUUCAAACCGUGAGCUCAGUGCAAAUUUCAGGGAAAGAAAAUGGAAGUUCACUUGAAAAAUUUGACAUCUCAGUUCUGCCUGGGAGGGGAAAUUCAGAGAUCCCUGGCUGAGUGAAUUUGCUUCUUCAGUGCUGUGAAACCCCUUGCUUUGGAUGCACACAACCUGCUUAAAUAAGGACAUUAAAAAUACAAAUGAAACAUCCCCUCUGAGUCAAAGUGAAUGGCCACCCCUCACUUAACAUCCCCACCCUGUCAUGAGAUGGGUAGUGGUUGAAACUGUAAUGAAACCAACAAAAAAAUUACUCAAAAUAUUCCAAGUAAAACCAGCCAUGUCUGCUGCCGAUGAUUAAUUAAUUACCAUUUCAUUAAAUGCUAGAUUUGUUUUUGAACUGUCACUUUAAGGGCCGGCUCCACAGACACAGAUUAAACCUAGUCCUGGAUUAAAUACAAUUCUGAAAGGCGAUUUUCCGUCCAAAAACGGAAUUUAGUCCGGGACUAGGUGUGAAACUUCACAAAAUGUUCGGUUCUUAGCAAGAUUACUGCAGCAGACGGUUGGUUUGUUUUACUUCCUUCAGCAGUCCGCGGUGAGUUUGGCAUCGCCCCCCUCCUCCCCCCCCCCCAGUGCGCGAAAGAACAGGAAGUGAAGCCAGGGCUGUAAAUGGAGGCUAUCCGGUCUGGUUACACUCGUUACCGGGGUUACCGUCAUGCCCACACUUGCACGAGGCUUAGGCCGAAACCAGCCUGAGUUUGGAGCCGGAGGUUUUCGUUUAAUCCCACCCCGCCGCCAAACUUCUGGUGCCAGUUUCUUCAUUUUUAAACCCUUGCCCCGUGUAAAUGGUCACCAGAUGGCUACUUGCGUUAUGUAUUUAAAUGAAAAGUUUUUAAAAAGACCAUUCACUUUUCCCUUGUCAAACCAGGUUUUCCCCCAGACCGAACUAGCGGAGACCUGCCUAACCAGAGCGACUCGAUUUGAGUCUCCAUGGUGACAGGUCUGAGUUUGUGUCCCCCCCUUCCAGUAACCGAGCGCAUUCAUCUUAGACAGCCUGGCUUGUGGGGACAAAAUGUCCACCAAACUCGAGGCUCAUCGAGCGGUCCGUAUAUUCCACGGCGGUCUGAGCUACUUACGGUGGUACAGAGAGCGUGACUUGCGUUUGGAAACUGCUGAGAUGGCGUCGGUUGGCAGUACUUAGCAGAACUGUGGCUUGUGCCUUAUACUGUGUUCUCGUGUGAAGUGACUGCGACUAAGGGGAUCGUGUCAGGUCAACAAAAUGGCUGUCAAUAAAGGAAUCAAAAAUGUGAAUUGGGAAGUGCCUAAAUUUCUGUGUUUGGUGGAAAAAAGGAAAAAAAAAACGUCAAUUUAUGGAAAUCUGGACCAUUGGCUGAACUUUAUUUGUUACUGUAAUCCAUGCUCAAUUUCUGUCACUGUUCAAUCUCUGAAAUGUGGCUUAAUUUCUGGCUGAGUUAAUUAAUUUUGUGUUCCUAAGGGGAUAGUUCACUUCUUGGGGAUUUUUGACCUUUUUUUCUGUUUCAUUGUAUGCGUGUGAUCGGUCUAGACAGUGUUUCUGUGAAAUGAAGGAUAUUUUGGAUAGAGGUCGGCUUUAAAAUGGCUUUUGUGGUGCUUUGUGGCCUAACAUUAGGAAAUGCACUCGGAGUACCUCGAAAGCAGCUUGAAUCGCUAUUGUCCAUUUGCAGAAACCUGCGAACAGAUCGCUUUAUUUGGUGUUUGUAUUGUAUUCACAACAAUAAGGAUAAAAGUCAGGUCUUGUGUUGUGCCAUUACUUCAUUCCUUGUCGGUGUAAGCGCUUGUCUCCCGAGGAGCCGUGCGGUAAUGUUGAUAUCGGAAGCCAAGCCACAAUUUCCCCGGGCUCAACAUUCUCGGGUUGCAUCCACCGUAGGAAAUGGGCACGACCGAAAAUGAGAUUAAAUGUCAUUUCUCGAAGAAAAAUCGGAUAAUGUACUCUUGUGCCGUGUUAUGGAGGCAGAGAAACGUGGCUGUAAAGCUGCUUUUGGCGUACUUGGACUGCAUUUCAUUUACUUUAGACCACAUAUCUGUGAAUCCAGCCAUUUUAACCGCCAGUCCAACGACAUGUAGCCCAGGGACUAGAGAUUAAGAUUGAUUAAAAUAGCCAUUAUUAUUUAUAUACAUUACAGGUCAUUAAUGCCCCCGUCAAAUAAACUAUUACAUUAAAUGUCAGAAUCUUCUGUAGAUAUUGUUGAUUGCACACAAAAAACUAUCUGGGCCCAUCGAAAAAUGCACCAUUACUGAAAGGAUUUCAAAAGAGAGAAAAAUAAAAGUAAACUAUUCCCUUUAACUUCAGGUUUGAAUCGUCGCAGUUAUUGCAAUAGGUCCAAAAAAAUACAAUCCUUUGACAAAAUUAGAAAGCCAAAAAAAAAUCUGAAACAGAAUAACUACAUUUGGUAGUGUAAGUUAGAACUCUUUUGGGGGGCAAUAAGUGAUUAUGUGUUUGUUGCGCUCACUCAACAAGUAAAAGUGACCUGCGCUAGUCUCUUGUAUCGCACCUUUUCCUGAUGAUCAGCCGAGCGUCAUGGGAAAUGUAGUCCUUGGGGUUCCGGAGCGCUCACAGUGUCUCUCAUUCUGUGCAUCUGCUGAUUACCACAUGGCAGCCAUUCUCUGUGCAUGCAUCAGUGCAGCGCAGGUUUGUAAACAUACAGGUUUUUAUAGUGCCACUUCCCAAGACAUUUAUAUACUGCUGUUUUUUUGUUUUUUGUUUUUUGUGCAUGUAAGAAUGCAUUCUGGUAUUUUCUGAUGUUUUUUUAAAUAUAUAUAUAUGUAUAUGGCAAAGGACACAAAGCUGUCAGUACUGUAACAAAAUGUACUUUUGCCAAUUCAUUGAUCAUUUGCUUGAAGGUGUUCUUAAAGCCCUUAUUUUUGUGUUUAAUAUACCUUUCUAAUUUUAUAUACAAUGCUAUAUUUACGAAAAAUAUUUUAUAUUGCACAGGUUGUACAUUGCGAAAUUGCUUUUAUGUAGAAAACAUUUGAGUCUUCAUUAGACUAGGUGUAUGUAUAUUUGUUUUUUGUUGUUGUUUUUUUUUUCUUUUUUACUCAAGGCCUUUGUGUUGAUGAACAAAUAUUACUGUAUCAUUUUUUUCUUUCUUUUUUUGCUUUAUACUUUUUUAUUGACCAUAGUUUUUGUAGCCUAUUGAUGUAUUAUGUACAGAUUUCUGUAGGUGAAACAAGUUUUUGCUUGUUCAGUGCUGUUGGUCUGAGACGUGCUGGUUGUGUCAACAAGAUGGAGGAUUGUCCCUAUGUACAUCGUACAACAACCGAACAACUGCUGAAGGUUCUCGUUGGUCAGGUGUACAUAUAUGACUUAGGCAUUUGCUGAACUUUUUUUCAAGUAGAUGGUAAACGAAUAAGAGGCCCUUCUGUUUGUAAAAAAUAAGUAGGGAGCUUGGCAGGUAUAGCAUGAUGGUUUUGUGUAGAAUACUAUCUAUGAAUAACAUGGACUUUGUCACUAUCUCAGUCACAGUGACUGAAAUGCAUUGUGUUGAAGGAAGACUUACAGGCGCGGUGCUCUUCGGAAAAACGGUGCCUGAACGCAUUCCCGAAAUGUGAUCGCUUAAUCGGAGCGUCUAAAUGAGGACCGUCAAAACUCGCCAUUACAUUGAAGGAUACCUAUUUAUUUAAGAAAGUGUAAGCUGUUUUUCUGUUCAAAGCAUCGCAAAAUGUCUACUACUGAAGUGUACUUUCAAGAGUGUAGAAACAAAACCUUUGGACAACCUGAAUUUGAGCAGACCGCGGACUUAUUACAGCACUGGCUGCGUCGGUAAAGAGGUGUGAAUUUGCUCUGCGACCGUCUUAAUGUCAUUUUAACAACGUAUUUUAUGCAAGCCGUUUGUCACUUCUGCAUCGAGGUCUUUUUAUACACAGGUUACCGAGGGCAACGGAAUCUGCCCCUUGCGCACAAUUCCAAAGCAACGUCAAAACGUCUACUGUGAUCUGUGUUCUCAGGAAUGUAUGCAGCGUCUCCUUCAUUUUGAUGGUGAAGAAUGGAAGAAUAAAAUUGUUUUGCAGAA